AUGUCUUCAAUAGAAGAUGUCCUCAAUAUAAUUCAAAUGAUUUUUUCCCGAUAUUUGUUACCAAUUUGUUUAUUUUUUGGAAUAUUUGGCAAUAUUUUCAAUAUAUUCAUAUUUCUUGCAAAAAAAUUUCGUUCAAAUAGUUGUUCGAUAUAUUUUCUCGGUACAUCAUUUACAAAUCUAUUCAUAAUUAUCUUUGGAAUCAUUCCAAGUAUCUCAUCAUCGUAUAUAACUGAUCCAUCUUUAUAUUUAACAUGGGCAUCUUGUCUUGAUCAAUAUUUCUUUUCUUCAGUUAAACCUUAUCUACGGCGAUUAAGUAAUACAAAGUUCGCUUUAAAAAUGCUUUUAAUCGUACCGAUUUGUUGGUUAAUUAUUCCAAUUCAUAUGUUAAUAUUUAUGAAUGUUCAAAUUCCUUAUGUUAAAUGUGGAACAUCGGGAGUGUAUAGUUUAGUUUAUGCAAUAUAUUCAUUUCUAUGUUCAUCGACGCCUCUGAUUUUGAUGAUCAUUUUCUCUUUAUUAGCAUUUUCAAAUAUUCGACAAAUCAAUCAUCGUAUUGUUCCAGCAAUGAACGUUACAAAUCAUAUUCAUAUGAAAAAUUAUGAUCGACAAAUUAUAUUGAUGUUAAUAUUCACUGUUUGGAUUUAUUUCAUUUCGAAUGUUCUUCAUCCAACAAAUACACUUUAUAUGUAUUUAACAACAGUUUCCAAAGGUCAACCACCGAAAAGUUCAUCGAGAAUUGCAAUUGAAGGUUUUGUUACUUAUCUCACUUGGGGAUUUUUCAUUUAUAUAAAUUCAUGUUCAACAUUUUAUAUCAACAUUUGUGUCUCGAAAAUCUAUCGAAUGAGAUUUGUUUAUCUUUUAAAAACUACUUUCAAUUAUUUGAAGAAUGGUCAAAUAAUUCCCGAGCCCAAUACGACUAAUCACCUUGGUAUUUCAACAGCAAUGAAAAUAAUUCGACCAAAUUAA